UGUUGUCGUUAUUAUUAUUGUCAUCAUUAAUAUUUUUUCAAUCAUUGAUAUCAUAUUCCACAAGACAAUCUGUCAAUCAAUCAAUAUUCGGAAUUUUAAUUUAUUUAUUUUUUUCAUUCAUACUGGUUCUAAAGUCAACAAUUCAAUCCUUCAAUUCAUUAUUAUUGAAAACAAUCAACCAACAAAUCCAAUCAAACAUGACUGUCAAUAUUGCGGGCAUUUUUUCGGUAGUCAUAUUCUAUAUUAUUAUUUUGAUUGUCGGUAUUUGGGCUGGACGUAAGAAAAAAACUGAUGGUGAAGGUGAUGAAUUUGAAACCGAAGAGGUUAUGCUGGCAGGCCGUAAUAUAGGAGUAUUUGUUGGUAUUUUUACCAUGACAGCAACCUGGGUUGGCGGUGGCUAUAUCAAUGGAACGGCCGAAGCAUUGUAUAGUUCCGGUAUCAUUUGGUGUCAGGCACCAGUUGGUUAUGCAAUGAGUUUAGUUGUUGGUGGUUUCUUUUUUGCAACAAAAAUGCGUGAACAAGGCUAUGUAACAAUGUUGGAUCCAUUUCAAGAGGUUCUUGGUUCACGUAUGGGUGGUCUAUUAUUCUUGCCUGCAUUAUGUGGUGAGAUUUUCUGGUCAGCAGCCAUAUUGGCUGCAUUGGGUGCUACAGUCAGCGUUAUUAUCGAUAUUGAUAAUAAUACAUCGAUCAUAUUAUCGGCAGCCAUUGCUUUGAUCUAUACAUUGUUCGGAGGAUUAUAUUCGGUUGCCUAUACCGAUGUCAUACAAUUAUUUUGUAUAUUCAUUGGCCUGUGGCUUUGUAUACCAUUCAGUAUUGCACAUCCAGCUGUCAAAAGUAUGUCAACAGAACAUAAUGAUUGGUUUGGUAUCCUGCAUGGUUAUCAAUUUGCCCAAUAUAUGGAUCUAUUCUUGUUGUUAAUAUUGGGUGGUGUACCAUGGCAAGUUUAUUUUCAAAGAGUUUUAUCAUCAAAAUCCGGUGCAAAAGCACAACUUCUAUCUUAUGUAGCUGCAUUCGGCUGCGUUAUAAUGGCUAUACCGCCAAUUAUUAUUGGAGCUGUUGCUCGUGUUACAGCAUGGAAUGAAACUGAUUUCAAAGGGCCAGUUCCAUUAGAUAAAGAUCAUCAAUCACUGGUUUUACCAUUAGUAUUACAGUAUUUAACACCGCCAUUUAUAUCAUUUUUUGGUUUGGGAGCAGUUAGUGCCGCUGUUAUGUCAUCAUCUGAUUCAUCAUUAUUGAGUGCCAGUUCAAUGUUUGCUCGUAAUAUUUAUAAAUUAAUGAUUCGACAAAAUGCAUCCGAACAUGAAGUAAUAUUCGUAAUGAAAAUAUCAAUUAUUGUGGUUGGUUGUGUAGCCACCACAAUGGCCAUUACAGUUAAAUCAAUCUAUGGACUGUGGUAUCUUUCAUCCGAUUUAGUCUAUGUAAUUCUGUUUCCACAAUUAGUCUGUGUAGUUCAUUAUAAAGAAUAUUGUAAUACUUAUGGUUCAUUAGCUGCUUAUAUAGUUGGAUUUUUGCUUAGGGCACUUGGCGGUGAGGAUAUCCUAAAUCUACCACCAUUUAUUAAAUAUCCAUGGUAUGAUGAAAUUGAUGGUCAGUUAUUUCCAUUUCGAACAUUUGCAAUGUUAUCAAGUUUAAUCACAUUGCUCUCUGUUUCGUCAUUAUCCAAACGUAUAUUCGAAUCCGGUUGGUUACCACCGGAAUUUGAUAUUUUUCAUUGUGUCAUCAAUAUACCGGAUGAUGUACAUGUUGUCCAUGAGCCACAUGAAGAAAUGACCGUAUUGAGUGCAUCACAAGUAUUUUAUUAUCAAACAUCUGAAAUGAAUGGUCGUGUUAAUCAAGCUUUGGAUACUGGUGAAGAUGAUCCGACUGGUAAUAAUAAUAAUAAUAAUAAUAUCAGUGGUGGUAAUAGUAGUGAAAAAUUAUUGAAUAAAACAACAAUCAAUCAAUCAACAAAACCAUUGGCCGAAGAACGAUUGAUACGUGAACGUAAAUCGAUUACUUCAUCUAUUGAUUAUGAUAAGCCACCAAAAUUAUCGAAUCAAGUGAUGGAAUCAUUUCGACGACAACAUUCAAUUAGCUGUUCAAAUGAAGCAAAACAAAUGCCCAAUAUGGAAUCGAUUAAUUCGGGUCAGGUUGUUAUUACUAAACUUUAAAAAAAAAAUUUAAUCAUUCAUCAUCAAUUGUCCACACACAACAAAUUAAACAAUCACACAAUCAACAAUCAAAUCAGAGUUUGAAGUUUUAUGUUCAACCAGAAUAAUUAAUCGAAAUCG